UUUUCCUUCUCCCUCUCUCUGUCUCCACAGAUCCCUUCCCAAGAGGAGUCUCCUGCUAAAACUUCAUCAUCUCCAGUUGACCUGCCACUUCACCCAAGGAGGCAAGCUCUUGCCUGUGACAGUGUAUUUGCCAACAUGGCACCCAAAAAGAAGAUUGCCAAAAAGAACAAAGGAGAUAUCAAUGAGAUGACUAUAAUCGUAGAAGAUAGCCCCCUAAACAAACUGAAUGCUUUGAAUGGGCUCCUAGAGGGAGGCAAUGGCCUUAGCUGCAUUUCCUCUGAACUAACAGAUGCUUCUUAUGGCCCCAACCUCUUGGAAGGUUUAAGUAAAAUGCGGCAGGAGAACUUCCUAUGUGACUUAGUCAUUGGUACCAAAACCAAAUCCUUUGACGUUCAUAAGUCAGUGAUGGCUUCAUGCAGUGAGUAUUUUUACAACAUCCUGAAAAAAGACCCAUCAACUCAGAGGGUGGAUCUCAAUGAUAUCUCACCACUAGGCCUGGCCACUGUCAUUGCUUAUGCCUACACUGGAAAGCUCACUCUCUCCUUGUAUACAAUAGGAAGCAUUAUUUCUGCCGCUGUUUAUCUUCAGAUCCAUACUCUUGUAAAGAUGUGCAGUGAUUUUCUGAUACGGGAGAUGAGUGUUGAGAACUGCAUGUAUGUUGUUAAUAUUGCUGAAACAUACUCCCUAAAAAAUGCAAAAGCAGCAGCCCAGAAAUUUAUUCGGGAUAACUUCCUUGAAUUUGCAGAAUCGGAUCAGUUUAUGAAACUUACAUUUGAACAAAUUAAUGAACUGCUUAUAGAUGAUGACUUACAGUUGCCUUCUGAGAUAGUAGCAUUCCAGAUUGCAAUGAAAUGGUUAGAAUUUGACCAAAAGAGAGUAAAAUACGCUGCAGAUCUUUUGAGCAAUAUUCGCUUUGGUACCAUCUCUGCACAAGACCUGGUCAAUUAUGUUCAAUCCGUCCCAAGAAUGAUGCAAGAUGCUGAUUGUCACAAACUUCUCGUAGAUGCUAUGAACUACCACUUGCUUCCAUAUCAUCAAAACACAUUACAAUCUAGGCGAACAAGAAUCCGAGGCGGCUGCCGAGUCCUCGUCACCGUUGGGGGACGCCCAGGCCUUACUGAGAAGUCCCUUAGCAGAGACAUUUUGUAUAGAGACCCUGAAAAUGGGUGGAGCAAGCUUACAGAAAUGCCAGCCAAAAGUUUUAAUCAGUGUGUGGCUGUGAUGGAUGGAUUUCUUUAUGUAGCCGGUGGUGAAGACCAGAAUGAUGCAAGAAAUCAAGCCAAGCAUGCAGUCAGCAAUUUCUGCAGAUACGAUCCCCGCUUCAACACCUGGAUACACCUGGCCAGCAUGAACCAGAAGCGCACGCACUUCAGCCUGAGCGUGUUCAACGGGCUCCUGUACGCCGCGGGCGGCCGCAACGCAGAAGGAAGCCUGGCCUCUCUGGAGUGCUACGUGCCCUCCACCAAUCAGUGGCAGCCGAAGACGCCCCUGGAGGUGGCGCGCUGCUGCCAUGCCAGUGCGGUCGCCGACGGCCGCGUGCUGGUGACCGGAGGCUACAUCGCCAACGCAUACUCACGCUCUGUGUGCGCCUAUGACCCGGCCAGCGACUUGUGGCAGGAGCUGCCGAGCCUGAGCACACCCAGGGGCUGGCACUGCGCAGUCACGCUGAGCGACAGAGUGUACGUGAUGGGCGGCAGCCAGCUAGGGCCGCGCGGGGAGCGCGUGGACGUGCUCACCGUGGAGUGCUACAGCCCCGCGACAGGUCAGUGGAGCUACGCGGCGCCGCUGCAGGUGGGAGUGAGCACCGCGGGCGUCUCGGCCCUGCACGGCCGCGCCUACCUGGUCGGGGGCUGGAACGAGGGCGAGAAGAAGUACAAGAAGUGCAUCCAGUGCUUCAGCCCCGAGCUCAACGAGUGGAUGGAGGACGACGAGCUACCCGAGGCCACCGUCGGCGUGUCCUGCUGCACCCUCUCGAUGCCCAACAACGUGACUCGGGAAUCCCGGGCCAGUUCGGUAUCUUCUGUGCCAGUCAGUAUCUGAGCCCAGGUAGAUGCAGGGACGCAGAAAGAAUACGUUAUUUAUUCAUAGAGCCACGUGGUUAACCUCUGAGUUCGCGAAAAGGAAAAUAUUUAACAUUUACUACACUGAUUGUAUUGUAAAAUAUGUCGAGGCACAUGUCCUGAUGGCUUUAAAUUCCUGGUAUGGCAUAAUCUACCUCUGUCUUUUUUUUUUUUUUUUUUAAAUCAAAAUACAGGGCCAUGGCCAACAAAAGAAACAAUUUAUUUCAGCGGCCACUGGGUGGCAGACGGAAUUCGUUAUAGGCACUGUUCCAAGGCGGCAUGUUUCCUAAAUGUAUGGCGGUUACACCCACAUUUGAGAUUUUUUCCUCUACACUUUAGUACACUUGAGGUUUAUGUAAGUGAUUUCAUGUUCAAAAGUUUAUUUUCCUCUCUCUCUUUUUUCUUUAGGAAGUUGAAGAUAUUCAUAUAGAUUUUAUUUAAAAAUGGAAAUUGUCGAUCUACGUAGACUUAAGAUUUAAUUCUCUAUUUCAACGCAAUUUUUCCCCCAAAUGUGAUUGAGUAAAGGAUUUUGAAAGAUAUCCCAUGACAACGUAAUAAAGCUUAAAACAAGAUCUGACCGAAAAGGAAUAGGGAUUCCACCCAGGGACCGUAAAGUUGAUAACCUUUGCGUUAGCGGACAUUUCUCUUUUUCCAUGCCUCAGGCCCCAGUUUAUUUUCUACCAUAAAAUCCUGCUGUCAAUCAAGGAAUUGAUUUGAGUCAUUUAAUUUAUAGUGUAAAUUUAAGUCAUGUGGUUGUUUCAACUAGAAGGAUUUGCAUUUUAUCCCUUGUCCUCUGUUAAAGAAGAAUUUCACAUACCCUGGGAGCCUUACCCUCACCAUAAAAGCUACACCAACCUGGUUAAAGGCAACCUUGGCCCUAAUGUACGCCCUGCAAAGAUCACCGAUAAAACUAUGUCCCUAAGGACCAUUAGCUUGAAGCUUAGAAAGCCUGAAGUUUAUACAACUAAUAAUAAUAAUUUUAUUUGCCCCAAUCUUUUGUAAGACAAGAAUGAAAGAAACAUUUGGAAUUUGCAGAUUUGGUAGUAACUGGAUGAACGGGUUCUCCUGUUGAUAAAUGCCAUUGUUUCCCAUUUCAUAUGGAUCCUCCUGAUUUCUUAAGUAAAAAUCAAACACUCAUCUCACAUAUAUAAAAAUAUAUGCUCAUUCUGUCCUAUUUUUAUUAAUCUCAUCUGCUCCAAAUUAGCUUUGGAUUUAUAAUCAAAGUAUAUCCACUUGAUAGCAUUUUUCUUAUAUGUUUGCCAAGUUUUGAGGAAAGGGAAUGACUGUAGUAAAUGAUACAUAUUUUCCUUUUUUAUAAUUUAUCACUUUAUUCUUUGAUAGUUUAUUUGUUUUGGAGAGGAAGUGGCCUAUCAAUUAUGGGUUAUGUGCAAUUGGAUUUUGAAAAAUAAAACAAGCUAUUUAGGAAUUGAAUAUGAGUUAUAUGGAAAUAUAAUUUGGUUUUCAUUCAUCUCAUCCUCUCCACUUUGUGUAGAUAGGUUGUUGCUAGAGUUAUGAUAUUUAUUUCUAAAAUAUGUUAUCUGAACUGUGAAAAGUGGUUCAUAUAGUACACUUUGUGGAACAAUUUUAUAUCAUUGCCCCUUAUGAAAAGUUCAAUCUCUGGGUAUUUAAUGAUAACACUCAGGUAAGGGCUACAAACGCUGUAAAUUAAGAAUAAGACAUUAUUAAUGUAAAAGCACUGGGCUGUUUCCUUAUCCUACACAAAGAAUCUUUUACCUUGGUGUAUGUGGAUAUGGUAUAUUGCCUUGGUGUAUGUCUAUGUGUGUAUACUCACACACUCAUACAACUGAGAAGCCUAUAGUAUACGGUUAAUUUUUAGAGAAAAGGUGUUUUAUUGUGGACUACACAUCAUAAGUGGGCGAAUAGAUGUAAUUCCUUGAUGCACACUAAUAGAUGUGUUCCCAUUGACAUCUUGGAAGUAUUGUAUGAAAAGGAGGACCUAGGGCUUGAAAUGAAAUGAGAAUCAAUCAGUUGUAACAUUACAUGAUGGAAUAAUGAGAAGAGAUACUGAAACUAGAGGAUUUUUCGUCUAUCAAAGCUUGAUAAAAUAGAUUGUGCAAAAACUUGGCAGUGGCUUUCUAGAGAUGAAACUGGAGACAUGUUAGAGCUGGAUAAAUCAUUUAAAAUUACUAUUUAACUUAUUUUCUUCAUUGUUUAUCUGAAAACUCAGAAAAUCCACAUAUGUGAGCUUACCAGAUUCUUAGGUACGUUGCUGUUCCAUCUUCUGCUUCAACAGUUAGGAAAAUAAAGACCAAUAUGAAUUUGGAAUGUUGGAAUUUCUGACAUACCACAUUGGCGAGGAGUAUGGAAUGUAAGGAUUGAUGAAAGUUUCAUAUCCUGGAACAUCUUGUAUUGCCAAUUGAAAGACAUAAAAGUAUGCAGAAUCAAAAUAAUGUGUGUCCCCUUUCAUGUGUAAGCAAAACAUAUUCUUUAAACCACCUAUUGAAGCAGUUGCUGCUAGAAACCUAGUUUCUCCAGAUUUCCCAAGUGGAAAAUAUUUAGUAUGUUUUUAAGCUUACAUUCAAUUACUCUCCAGAAUCUUAGGACCCAACCAUAUACUUCCUUUUAUUUUUUAUUAAAGAAAAUGACUUGUUAUUUUUGUAACGUCUGAGUCCUGUGAUCAAAUAAAAGCAUCAGUUCAAUGUAUCAGAGAAAUUGCAUGUUACCCAGCAGCUGAAAUAAUAAAAUUCAAGCUCUCUUUUUCCGAAUGGGCCAGAGACCUGAUGAGAAAGUCUGCAGGAAGCCAAACUUUAACGUAGUUUGUCCAUUUUUAGUUAGGUUCUUGGUGCCAAAUUGUCAUCCCUGAUGCAUUAGUUGCUUUCAGUGCACUGAAUGAAUUUUAUUUUUACUUCGUAUGUUGUAAGAAUGGUUUUGAAUAGAAGGACAGUGAUGGUACAGAUUCGUAUAAUUUUAAAAGAUGAUUAGAUGGUAGUGAAGUGUUAUGAGUGAGGAGGUAUAAUUGAUGCCAUAAGAAAGUGAGUACUGAAUGGUUCUAUGAUUUAAGGUACAGCAGCAGUUGUAGUAAGUGUAUUUUACAAAUACGCAUGUAAAUAGAAGUUUACCUGGAAAUAUGUAUGUUCUAAAAGGUCAACUUUUUAAUUUUAUUUUUUUGAUAGUUAUCCUGGCCAAGUGUCUUCAGAACUCAUCCAAGUUACUAGGUGAAAGAAACUAAAAUCACCUCAUUAAUUUUUUUCCAUUAGUUACAACCAAAUGAAUUUAUGUAAUCUCUGAAUGAGCUAGAUCCCUAUUCCAGCCACUGAUGAAUAGGUUCUCCAGCACAAGGCAGCAUUAAAAGGAAUUACUUUUCAGUAUUUAUUUUCAUGCCAAAAAAACCUACAGCAUAAUUUUCCAAACAGUGCUCUAUUGGUAAUUAUGAGAAUUAAACACUCUAAAAUAUUAAAGAUUUACCCUCCAGCACAUUCGUUGGGUAAAGACCAUUUAAUUUGCCCUCUCAGGGAAUUUGGAAUAAAUUAUUUGUCUUGGAUAUUCUUUAAAAACUUUUUAUUUAUUCAGCAGAUUUUGGCAAAAAAAAUUUCAUUUGCUUAAAACAUUCUGGUACUAUGUAAGGAACAACGAACUAAAAUGUAUGCAGUGUUAUUUUGUAAUCUCAUCACUAUCAAUAAAGCUGCAUUCAAUAAGACCUUAGUCAAUUACUAAA